CACGUCGUUGUCGCGGGGUUCGGGCUCGGCUUGGUUGGCCGAGCCGAGCAGGAGGGACGAGCGGAGCGCAGGGCCGGGGAGGAAGACGAGCGGAGCUCUUAGCCGGGCAGGAAGACGAGCGGAGCUCUGGACCGGGCAGGAAUGUCCAAGCCCGAUACUUUUCGGGUGCUUUUCCUGCCCAAUACUUAAACAAAUUUGCCGUUGAUGAAGGUGGCCAUGCGCAUGAAGUGGUAUGUGGCGGAGAAGGCCAAGGGCGAAGAGGAGCUUCGGAGGCUGCAGGAGCCUGCGGCCGACUUCGAGGGGAAGCUCGCUGAGGCGGAGGAGCGUGCUUGGGCUUCGGAGGAGUGGGCUCGGGCUGCAGAGCAGGCUCGCAUCGCCGCUGAGGAGAAGGCGCGUAGCCUUGAUGAGGAGGCCGAGCACGUGAUCAAGGCCUUUCAGACUUCCCUUGCGUUCGAGGAGGCGGCUCUCUCCCGCAUGAAUUGAAGGUGUUUAUUGGCUUUUUUCUCAAACUUUUACCUCCACUGUCUUUUUUUUCAAAAAUGACAUCCAUAUCUCACUUUGAGGCGUUUUUCUUUAGUAUAUAUUUUUAUAAAUAGUAUAGUAAAUAGCCUUGCAAUAG